AUGUCAAGUCCAGCGGGAGAUGAGCUUCUUAAGUCUACUCACGCCGUGGGUCGCCUUGCUAUCCUUGUCAUAUUUCUUAUUUCCUUUGUUGCCGUCGCUACCCUCAUUGAUAAGGAACAGACCAAACCUGCCCUUCGUCCUGGCCCAAUGGCAAUCCCAUUGAGUAUCUAUCGACAUCAAAGAACCUUAAUUGACUUGCGCCCAAUGUACAUUUUAGGCACGUUCAUGCAUCCUUCGAGCGCUACACUCAGUUAUACAUGGCCAUGGAUGCUUCUCUGGCAAAUGCGAGACGGUCUAUUUGCCCAUUCGCUGAUUCCAUAUCUCAACCCCUCGCAUGCAGAAUUAACUUUCAUUGCGGCUGGCACGCCAAUUGGUCAUCCUAAGGCACACAGUGACAAUGACGACAAGGAAGGGGAGACGCAUUUUCUGUGCGAGAUGAUAUGGAAUAUUUUUGGGAUCUCGAAUGAUAUCACUGAGAAUGGGGGAGAUGACCAGCUUCUAUAUCCUGCUCCUUCAAUUAAGACGUUCAAUACUUCUCACACUGUCCUCACUUCACCUCUCAAAGCCAGAGACAAGCAAGCCUCCUUCGGGCAGAACCAAGUCCUACCGGUACGAGACUCCACUCGCGCCCUUCUAGAAGAUAUCGUGAGAGACUCUGAAGCACCCAUUCGAUAUGCGUAUGGAUCUGGCAUUUCUGAGCAAGCUGGGUAUGAGAAGCAGAAGGACAAGGAAGAUAGGCCGACGCUGGACUUCAUAUUCGCGGUCACACAUCCAGAUUAUUGGCGCUCAAUCAACAUGAAACAGCAUCCCGGUCAUUAUCCCCUGCAUGCACGCGUGCUAGGCUUGUCGUUUGUCUCCAAAACGCAAGGGCUCAGCCCUGGACUUUGGUUCAAUACUUUUGUGCUGAUGAAGGGGGUCAAUAUCAAGUAUGGAGUAACAACCGUCGACAUGCUAUGUGCUGACCUACUUAACUAG